GGAACCUGUGUGAGCCGCCGGCUGACUACUGUCUGCUGCACCGUGACCGCCCGGAGUCUGCGUUGAAUGCUAUGAAUUUCUCAGCUACUUUUAAAGCCACGCAAUAAACAUGACGAGCUUCUGGUACGUGGUGGAAGCAAAACAGAACGUCACUCAGUUGGGUCGAGGACGUCUGCCUGGCACGUAUGACACGUUAAACACCACUGUGUACAAGCAGAAGCAAAUUUGAGUUUGGUAACGGUUACCUGCGGGUCUACACUUCCAAGAAGAAACCUGUUUUAAUCUACAAUGGCGGAAGAAGAACGGGAGCUGACGUACGAGAAGCGGGCCGACGCGGCGGACAUGGCGGGCGAGGACUACGAGCUGCAGCUGUGCGCCCUGCUGGUGGUGCGGGCCGUCACCCACUGCCCGCGUGGCUUCUACCUGGCCAGCAACCACAGCCAGGCCGGCAGCUUCGACGACAUAGUGCUCUUCUGGCGGCAGGAGGUGGGCGGCGGCGGUGCAGCGGCGUGGCGCGGGAUGCUGCUGCAGCUGAAGCACAAGCAGGCGGAGGCGCUGGGCCGCAAGGUGUUCCUGCCGGCGCCGCAGGACCAGAAGAAGGCCAAGGGCCAGGGCAGGAAGACGCCGCAGGCCAACUUCAGCCUGGUCGACUACUACGACUCCUACUGCCGGAAGGUGCGGCCCGCGUGGCAGCAGAUGGUCAGCAAGAUCGGAGACGUCCCGCUCGAGCAGGUGACGGUCGGCAUAUUCACGAACACCGGCGUGAAGAAGAUGGACAUACGCGACGUGAGCACCGCGCCCGACAUCGUGGACACUGGCGCUGUGAGAGGCGCCAAGGAGAUUUCCAGAAUCACGGAGGUCACCUUCUCGCUGGAGGAGGAGGACGUCGGCUGCUGCUUCUCGACCUGCGAAGACCCGAGCGACGCCGGCGAGUUCCUGUCCAGGUUCCGGCUCUUCUGCAACCAGGCGAGCCUGGAGAAGCUGCAGCAGCUGAUAAAGGACGAGCUGAUGGCGGCCCUGGGCACGGGUCCCGGGGAGUCUACGGACGGCGCCUACGCGGCGCUGCUCGCGGGCGUCAAGGCGUGGUGGACGGCCAAGAAGGCGGCGCCCUACCUCACCGCCGACAGCGCCCUCUGGACCGACAUCGUCCUCUCCCAGCUGGCGGACCUCGGGGCCCCGCUCAGCGCCGCCGUGCGCGCGCUCGGCCUCACGUUCACGGCAGAAGCGACCGACGCCUUCAGCCGAGUCUGCUCCACAGCGCCAGGCCGGCCGGUGGUGGUGGUGUGCGAGCGAGGUUGCGGCCUGCUGUCGGCGGGGAAGGCGCUCCAGGCCCUGCAGCCGGACAGGGUGCUGGCCGUGACCGCCGAGGCGGCGGAGCGCCGCCUGCCCGAGGUGGCGGCCGCGCUGGCCAGCCGCGCCUGCCGCUGGCUGCUGCUGCUCCAGCCGCACACUGCAGACCCACUGUCCGCCGCCGCCCGGAGCCGCCUGCUGGACGAGCUGCGGCGCCACCCCAAGACGCUCGUCCUCGUCACAGAGGCAGACGGAGUGCCUCCUGAUGCGACAGAGGGGUGGAUCCGACACGACGACCAGUUCUCGCUGCUCCAGCUGGACACCGCGUCGCAGGAGUGGCUGCUGCAGAAGACCGUCAUCUUCCAGGGGCUGGACACGACUGUGGGGGACAUUGUCCAGGGCGACGGGCCGGAGCGGCUGCGGCGCGCGGCGCAGCUGCUGGGCGGGCUGCAGGUGCUGCGCCUGCUGAGCGGCGGCCCGCCGGCGGUGGGCGCCGCCCUGCGCGACGCGCCGCGCUACUUCGUGGAGCGGCCGCUAGAGCGGCGCCGCGAGCUGCGGGAUGAUGCGGUGCUGGCGCCGCCCCCAGGCGCCGUGCUCGUGCUCGGCGGGCUGCCCGCCCAGCGCCGCGGCCAGGCGCUCGCCGCCGGCGCCAGCUUCUUCCGCGACGCCAUGAAGAGCGGCGGCGACAGCCCGCCGCCCGUCGUCCUGCUGCAGGGGAGGGACGGACCGGACGCCCAGUUCGAUCAGCUGUGCGAGAAGUGGGGCAGCGCCGGCCUGUCGCUGCACUGGCUGUCCUGGCAGGACGGCGGCACGUGGCGGUGGGAGCGCAGCGUGGGCGACACGUGGGCGCUGCGCGGACACCUGGCGGGCGGCGGCUGGCGCGCCGAGUGGGCGCGGGACGCGCUGGGGGCGGCGCCGGGGGAGCGCGCCGUCGUGCUGGAGGGGCCGCCCGGCAUCGGCAAGAGCACGCUGCUGGCGCACCUCGCCGCCGCCGCCAAGCGCCGCCUGCCGCACGCGCUCGUGGUGGUCGUCGAGCUGGGCAGGUAG